UUUUAUUGUUUGGUUUUUUUGUGCUCCUCAAAUGUGAAGAAGAGAAUUUGAGAAUUGCAAACUCGAGAAGAGGAAAAAGUGCGUGAGAUAGAGAGCAAAAAGAGUGGAGGAUCGCCAACAGCCAAAAUAACAUUUUCGAAAUGGUGCUGCAGAAUCACAACACAGUGGUGGCCCGCUCCACACUGACGCCGAACAGUAGCAGCCAGAACUUUGGCUCCCAUUCGCUGGGACACCACGGCGGAUCGGCCAAUGGAUCCGGAUCCGGACGCAGUCCUCUGAACGCCGGACCCAGCACCCAGCGUCCCAUUGUGGACCUCCUGGUGGCCAUGGUGGCCGUGCCGGUGCUGAUUCUUUGCGCCCUGCAGCUGGAGAAGAACUUGCGAGACAACAGUGUAGAGUCGCGCUGGCUGGUCUUCGCCCUGGGCAUCGGGAUGCUGGUGAUCAGCGUGAUCAUCUGCGGUUAUGUCACGCACCGCAUGGGCGUCUGCAUCUGGGCGGGACCCAUCGACGAGGCGGGCAAUCGGGCCACCAAUGGAGCCAUGCCGCAUAUCAACUCCCAGAACGAUGUGCUGCGCAUAGUGGACUCCCUGCCGCCGAGUUACGAUAGUGUGGUCAAGUUCGAGUUGCCGCCGCCUGCCUACGACUGCCUGGUCAUAGACAUGGAUCAGUCCAAGGAUCUGGAGCCGCCGCAGACCUCCGCCAAGCCAGGAGCUGGGGGAUCCACCUCCGCCCCGGGAACCACCCUUCACAUCUAGGGUGGAGUAUUCGAAAGAGCAAAACGAGCAGUAGAAGGAGGAGAGAGAAUUAAGAGAUUUUUUCCCAACUGGCAGCGCAACGGAUUUCUGUACUUGACCCACUUUAAGACCACUCGCAAACAAAUCUAUACCUACGAUUUCGAUACGCGGUAUUUUGUGGCAGCUCGAGUCUUUUUCAAAAUAUUACACAAGGCAAACAAUCGAGAGAACCCAGCCGAAUACCGCCAUAUAUCCGUAUAUCUAUUGUAGGGUUUGGCUAAAUGGUAGCUUGGCAAAGCAUUAUGGCAUUGUAUUUACUUUGAUUUUAAGCAGCUAGUAUUUUAACUCGUAGAGCCCAUCAAUAGCAAUUCUCUCGCAUUGUACAUAGAGUUCUUUGAAACACAGCAUCUAGUCCAAAGUUGUAUAUAUAGCCGAAAAAGAGAUAACUGAACCACAUGAUGCGCGCAUACAAACAUUUUAAGUAAUAUUAUGAUAUACUUACUAAAUGCCAACGCAGGGCGGGAAUCAAACUACAGGGUAGCACUUAGUCUUAGUUUUAGCCUAACGCCUGUAUAUAAUUAUGUAUAUUAUGAUUACAAAUAUUUUUAUAGCCAUAUCGAUGGCGAUGUCAAUUGCCAACAAAAAUGCCGGAAAACGUUCAGAGUUGCUUUCCAGAAAUAAAGAAUUCCUAUUAAGUUUAUUGAAAUCCAA